AAGAGAGAAAGAGAAUCAUGUGUGAGAGAAAUAUGGAUCGGCCGCCUCCAGCCCGCAUGUGCCCUGGGGACCACAACUCAGGCUGGGCAUCAAACCUGUGACCUUUCACUUUGCUGGACGAUGACCAACCAACCACCUGGGCCACACCAGUCAAGACUCCUCUGUAUAACUAUUGUGGGAUUUGUUUGCUCUUGAAUUUGCUAGGUCUUGAAUUAAGUUCAUAUUAUUUUGUAAAUUACAUGAAUGUGGGCUUUUUUUGUAGGGGGCAUGCACUUGACCACUUUCUCCUUUCUUCUACGGUUAUUCAGGUAUUCAGUAUGGUUUGGGGUUGAUUUUGGUUUAUAUUUUACCAGAUAAUAUUAAUCUCACUGAGGUUUUCUAGUUUAGUCAUGUAUAGUUUCACUUAAUAUUCUUUUAGCCUUAAAAAAAAUUCCGUGUCUGUUUUUAGCCACUUCCUCAUGCCAUUAGGGGGUUUGAGUAGUUUUUUUCUUUUGGCUGUGUCAGUUUGCCUUUUUGGUUGUUGUUGUUAUUUUUUAAGACAGCUCUUAUAAUUAUUUUAGUUGUUUUUCUGAUUUAUUGGAUUUUAUUGUUAGCUUCAUAAACUCUUCCUAUUUUCAUUAGCUUAUGAUGUUCCUCUUUCUAGCUCACUGAGUUGACUGCUCAGUUAUUAGCUAGUUUAGUUGUUUUUUAGACCUGGGUACCUGGCUAGUCUGUCUGUAGCCUAUUCAGCUGAAGCCCUUGUGGUCUACACCACAGGACCUGCCCUCCCUGAGCAGAGCUGGUUGAUACAGGAGGCCAGUUCAUCUGCUGUGAGAUGCUUGAGAGUGAUGAGUGUGGUACAGAUAUUAGUGCUCAUCUAUAUUUGCUUCUCCUUCCUUCCUGACACGUGGAAGUGUAUACUUCUGUGCUGCAAAAUAUGAAUAGAUGAUAAAUCCAGGUAAAGAUUAUAUUUUUAUUGUAAUUUUUCUAUAUACUAGUUUUUUUUCCAAUUUAAGAUGUUUAAGAAAAUAUAUAUCAGGGCCCCUAAUUCCCAGAAAAACAUGGUUGGGGUUGGACACGAAUAUUUUAGAACCAUCUCUCUAGGUGAUUCUGACAACCUCUGUUACUGUCCUCAAUUCUUUUCCUUUCUUUCUUUCCAAACUUCAACCACUGACUUUCUAGUUAUUUAGCACUUAACAUAAGAUAGGCAUGAGGCCAACUGCUCUUUAUGUGUCAUCUCAUCUCUUAUCCUAUUCACUGAGGUAGUAACAUUAGUUCCCCAUUAUCGCUGGGAAAACUGACCCUCGAUGAGAUGAAUUUGGCAAAAGCUUAUAUUUCUAGUAAAACUGGAAGCUGAACUAGGUUUUUUCAAAAAGAGAUUUUAUUUAUUUAUUUUUAGAGAGAGGGAAGGGAGGGAGAGAAGGAGAGAAAGGUCGAUGUGAGAAACACCCAUCUGUUGCCUCUCGCAUGUGCCCCAACCAGGGACGUCACCACAACCCAGGCACAUGCCCUGACCGGAAAUCAAAAUGGCCACCCUUCGCUGUACAGGAUGCUGCCCAACCAAGUGAGUCACACUGGUCAGGGCUAGAUUUUUUUUUUUAACUUUUACCUUAUGAUGCCUUUGGCUCUGAGUAAAAGAAAACUUAAAGUCACCUAAACAGUAAUGAAGUUAUUUCACAUUAAAAGGCUGGUUAUUUCAGUGGCUCUACAUUACCAUAAGGACCCAGGCCUCUCUACUCUACCAUCCACCCUUGAUGUAUUCGGACUUUGUCCCCAGAUUGGGUUUCACGAUGCCUGCCAAAGUUCCAUCAUCAUAUCCGCAGAACUUCUAGAGGCAAGGAAGGACAUUAUUCCUUCUUGCGCAUCUCUUUCUUUUUAAUUUUCUGUGCCUCUUUCUUAAGAGCAAAGAAACUCUCCCCAGGAGCCUCCCUCAUCUUGGACUUCCUCUCAUGUUGCCAGAAUGCCACAAGCUUAUGCUAGCGCAUCAUUGGCAAGAGGUAUGGGACCAUUAUGAUAGGCUUAGACUAAUCAAGCCCAUUAGACCUGGGGCUGGCUCCAAGCUUCCUUGAAGUUGCUGGCUGCUUGGCAAAACAAAAUUAAGGUUCCGUUAGAAAAAAUGGAGGUGGGGGUAGGGAAUAGGGAUGAGGUACACAACCAAUGAUGUCUGUUACAGAAUCCAAAUGUCCAGGCUGUUAACCUUGACACACUGUGCUAUUCUGGGUUCUCCCCUCAGCUCCUGCCCUCACUCUAGCACAGGAAUUUGCAACCAGUGUGCUGCAAGAAUUUUUAAAAUGCUCAAUACCUGGACUUUAGUCUGGAGCACAGACUGCUUUUCCCUUAGAUGGCCAAAUAAAAAAAUGACAACAGCUAACACAAUAAUAGUUGUCCAGUGUCAAUGAAUCAAAAUUACACCCAAUUUUUUGGUCAGAUCAGCAGAAUUUUAGUACUUUAGUUGUGUUGUGAGAUGAAAAAGGUUGAACAUCGAUGCUCUAAUAUAUUUCCUUAAUUGUGAGCCAAGUCCCCUACAACUCUAGCUCUAAAUGACACACACCCAGGUUGUCCUUGGCAGCAUGGUGUGGAAUAGGAAAUGUAUUUCUCAGGACCCAGUGCUCUUGUGCAACUCCUAAGAAGUCAGGGAUAUACACUUAGUCCUGGCCUGGGGCUGGGGUGGGGAGCAGAGGCUCCUGGGAGAGGCUGGCUGGCCUGGCCUCGACUGAGCUCUGGAGCUGAGUUCUCAACAUGCUCCCCACUGUCUCUGAGAUCUUGUCUUCCCGGUCUGUUAUUCUCUUAGAAUCUGAUUUCUUUUCUUUUAUACAUAUUCUAAUUUGCCCCCUAGUCUUAAAUCUCAACAUUAUGCUCAUAUUUUUUCCUUUGAACUCUCACAGUAAAAAAACCUGUGUCCACUGGAUUUGCUAACCAUUCAUUGACUUCCUGUAUAUAUUAGAAGCUGAGAGACAAUACUAGGCAAUAGGGUAGGAAAUUAAAUUUUAGUAGCUAUGUGCUAAGUUCUUUCACACACACUAUCCAACUUUAUCACUAACAGCAUCUUGGCUGGUUAGGUUAUCUUGACCUGCACGUUGGAGGUUAGAGAAUUCAGAAGUCACCUGCACAGAGAAGGUAGGGUCAGAUGGAGGGCACAAGCUGUUGGGAACCCAUGACUGCCAGGCCCAUGCUGUCCCCUGCCAGCAUCUUCAUUGUUACAAAGAUCUUUGCAUACCUUGGAUUGAGCCUCACAAACUGCAUUUGUUCUGGAGUAGCAGGGUGAGGAGUAGUAUCCGCAUUUUAUAAAUGGCAGUGGGGUUGAGAGAUACCAAGUUACUUGCCCAAAGUCAUGUGAAGCUUAGCUUUUCUGACUCCUAUGUAGUACACAUGCUGCCGCCAUGAAGCUGCCUAGCAGGGUGUGGCAUAUUUGUUGAUGGGUGGUGAUCCAGAUGAUAGUAGGUGUGCAAUAAGUAAUUGUCAAGUUGUACUACUGAAAAUUAAUAGUCACUGACUAGAUGUUUCUAGUUUCCUUUUUCCCCUGUCACCUCUCCUCUGGGUUCUCCUUGGAGACCCUGUUUUCCCAAGGAAUUCCAUCACUUUUAAUCAAGACAAAGAGCAGAAUCCACAUCUCCUCAGGCAGGUGCUUCAAUGAAGGCUUAAGAAGGAAGAGCCCUCUUUUGAGCUACAGCUGAAUGGACCUAAGUUUUUGCUCUCCCUCUUCCCACCUCAGGGCUUCCUUGGGUCCUGGCACGGGGAGGCUGUACUGAGACUUUCCCCUGCCCCCAAGGGGCAGAACUGCAUUUGUUCUGGAGUAGACAGACUCCUGAACCUCUGCUCUCCUGUUCCACUGACCUUGGCCUUGGCAGUCAUCACACUAGUACCCUGCCCCAUUUCUCCUCCCUCAGCCCCGCCCCACCUCUGGCUCCGCCCCACAGCCCUGGACACAGUAUACACACAGCCCAGAGCCUCUGCCCAAAGGGAAACAAAAGGGACUGCCUGUGUUCCCAUGGCUGUGGCCAGCACCUUCGUACCGGGGCUGAACCCUCAGAAUCCUCAUUAUAUCCCGGGGUACACUGGACACUGCCCACUACUUCGGUUCAGCAUGGGCCAGACCUAUGGGCACAUGACUGGUCAGCUACUUCGAGGAGCUCCUGGCCUAGCCUGGCCCCCUGCUCGUCGCAUUCUCCUGCCUCCCAUUCAGCCUCCGAGAUCUCCUGAGGUUUCCAGGGGAAGCCUGCCCAUCAGGCGUGGGCAUAAAAGGCUCAGUUGCAGCAUGAUCCCUGGGUACACAGGUUUUGUCCCCCAGGCACAGUUCAUCUUCGCCAAGAACUGCAGCCAGGUCUGGGCUGAGGCUCUGAAUGAUUUUACCCAGUGGCCUGGGGAGCAAGGGAAGCAGGAGCUACCAAAGGAGGUCAAGGGAGAAGAUGUGGAACAAGACCAAGAGCCAAAGCUUAAGUCAGAGCUGGAGGAGGAGGAGCCAGAGCUGGGGCAGGAGGCGGGACAAGCUUCCCCCUACUCCAUGGAUGACAGAGAUCCUCACAAGUUCUUCAUGUCAGGUUUUACUGGCUACGUGCCCCGGGCCCGUUUCCUCUUCGGCUCCGGUUUUCCUGUGCUCACCAACCAGGCACUGCGGGAAUUUGGACAGAUGUGCUCACGGGGCAAACCCCAGACGGGACUCAAACAUCUCCCCCCACUUUCAAGGACCUACCCUCAGAACCUGGGCCUUUUACCUAACUAUGGGGGCUAUGUGCCAGGGUACAAGUUCCAGUUUGGCCGCACAUAUGGGCACCUCACCCAUGAUGCUCUGGGCCUCAGCACCUUCCAGAAGCAGGUUGUGGCGUAGGUACCUGGACUGCAAGUUCUCUCUUCCCUUUCCAUCUUUCCCAGCCAUCCUUUUGGAAGAGAGAGAGAUGGGCUGGACAGUGGGGGCAGGCACAAAGAGAAAAUGGUCUGGA